CUGACAGAUCCACGGCUCUGAACUCCCAGGCACCGCAGCACGCAGACUACUGCGGGAGAGUCGGGGAGUAGAGAGGACUUGUCCGGUCCCGGAAACAUUGGGAUCCUUCCAACCAUGCCAGGCAGUAUCCCGUGGUGCUUCGUGGUCCUCUUCUCCGUGUGCCUGGAAUGCCUGGCCCAGAAUUUCGGACAGACCCGUUUCAUCUGCACUUCGGUGCCGGUAGAUAUGGACAUGUGUACCUCGGUUCAGAGCAGCGGCAGCGCUGAGGACCUCAAGACCAAUGUGUUGCAGCUCCGUGAGACAGUGCUGCAACAGAAGGAGACCAUUAUGAACCAGAAAGAGACUAUCCGGGAACUGACCACCAAACUGGGCAGGUGUGAAAGCCAGAGUUUGUUGGAGAGUGGACCCAAUGAAGCCAAGCCUGGAGCGGGCAGAAAACAGUCAGGCUCCGGGAAAAAUACCAUGGGGGACCUGUCCAGAACCCCUGCUGCGGAGACUCUCAGUCAACUCGGGCAAACUUUGCAGUCUCUCAAAACCAGGCUAGAGAACCUUGAGCAGUACAGUAGACUCAAUUCUUCAAGCCAGACCAACAGCCUUAAGGACAUGUUGCAGAACAAGAUCGAUGACCUAGAGAAGCAAGUUUUGUCUCGAGUGAAUAGUCUGGAGGAAGGGAAGUUGAACCCCAAGAAUGAGACUGAGGAGAGGGUCAAGAUAGAGAGCACUCUAACAUCCCUCCAUCAAAGGAUCAGUGACCUGGAGAAAGGUCAGAAAGACAACAGGCCUGGGGACAAGUUCCAGCUCACAUUCCCACUGCGAACCAACUAUAUGUAUGCCAAGGUGAAAAAAAGUCUUCCAGAAAUGUAUGCCUUCACUAUCUGCAUGUGGCUAAAAUCAAAUGCCUCCCCUGGAGUGGGGACUCCAUUCUCCUAUGCUGUGCCAGGGCAGGCCAAUGAGCUGGUCCUAAUUGAAUGGGGGAAUAACCCAAUGGAGAUCCUCAUAAAUGACAAGGUGGCCAAGCUACCCUUUGUUAUCAAUGAUGGUAAGUGGCAUCACAUCUGUAUCACCUGGACCACACGGGAUGGUGUCUGGGAGGCCUACCAGGAUGGCACUCAAGGAGGCAAUGGAGAGAACCUGGCACCCUACCACCCAAUCAAACCACAGGGUGUGCUUGUGUUGGGCCAAGAGCAGGAUACUUUGGGUGGUGGAUUCGAUGCCACACAGGCUUUUGUUGGUGAACUGGCUCAUUUCAACAUCUGGGACCGAAAACUUACCUCUGGGGAGAUCUACAACCUGGCCACCUGCAGCACCAAAGCUCUGUCUGGAAAUGUCAUUGCCUGGGCUGAGACCAACAUUGACAUCUAUGGUGGGGCUACUAAGUGGACAUUUGAAGCUUGUCGUCAGAUUAACUAACUGCUUUGGAGCUGCCUUUCUCCCUUCUUCCUGCCUGCCCCUCCCUCCCAUUCCCAUCUCUCCUCCCUGCUUAAGCAGUUCUGACCCAUUUGUCUUUUCCUCUCUUCCUUCCUUAAAAGUUAAUUAAGGAUAGUUCUGCCCCCUUCCUUAAAACACUCCUCCUUGUUUUGUUUGUCUCUCCCCUGAAGCAGAGUCACUUGUCUUGUCAGUCCCCAAAGAACAACGCAUUUCUCUCUAGGAGCCUUGGACUCAGUUCCUCAGGCAUCCC